GGCCUUUUGGCUAAGAUCGAGUUUCGAGUUCGUCGACAGUUUCUGCGCAAGAAUCGUCUCCCUGUGGCCCGCGUCCCUCAGUCGCGCGUCACCGGGGCCCCACCCUACUGCCACGGAAGAUGCCGCCGUCAUCCCAGGCCCCGCCGAAGGCUCAGUCUUUCGUGUUCUCGGCACCCGCCGAAGUUCCUGUUGAUGAAAUAAUCGACAGCUUGUAUGGCCUCGUUGGUGAGGACAGUUUGACGCACUUGCAACACUUCGGUGCAAUGAAGUUCCUGGCUGCAGUCGGUUCGACGGCAGCUGCAGACAAGAUGGUAGCGCAGGGCCACCUGCUGCUUCGAAACGUCGUGGUCCCGCUCGAACAAGUGGGACCGCGUAUCAUCCACGUGACGGUCUUCCGGCUCCCUCCCUACGUCCCCGACGACGCCCUCCAAGCAGUCUUCAGUUCUUACGGGAAGGUGCUCGCCAUUUCCCACCUGACCUACAAAGACCGGCCAAAGCUUUUCACCGGCACGCGAGUCCUCCGCAUGGAGAUGAAGACGCCCGUACCGAACUUCGUCAGCGUUGGAGGGCACCGUGUGAUGUGCGAAUACCGAGGAAUGAAGAAAGUCUGUGCCCGCUGCGGCCUGGAGGGCCACUUUGGAGCCGCUUGUCGCACACCACGCUGCGACCGGUGCGGCGUCUUCGGCCAUAGCACUGACGGCUGUAAUGCCCCGUGCAAGCGUUGCGGUCACAACCACGCCACCACGGAUUGCACGCAGCGCCGGAGUUACUCGGCAGUGAUUCGUGACGAGGGUCCUUCGGAUCCUAGGCCCCCUCCGCUGACGGCACCCGAUCCGCCCGACAGCACUCCAGGUGCUCCACCCCAGCCUGCAGAGACCCACCCGACCGCCGGCGUGACCCAACCGGACGCUCCCCAGGUACCACCAGCCGCGCCUUCGGAGGCCAGCGGGCGCGACGACCCCAACUCGGAAGCGGAGUCCCUCCCCCCCCUUGUCAUCGACGAGUCGGCAGAAAGUGAGUCGCCCGCAAGCCCAGAAGCCCAAACCGGAGUAGCCACUGCCUCCUCCUCGACAAGCGACCCAGGCGUGAGGCCACGAACUCCCGUGGAAUCUGCCACCGACAACACGGAAAGCAUGGAGUCGUCGCCGUCAGAGAGCGACUCCGUCAGCUUCCCGGUGCUGGACCAAGCAGCCAAAAGAGGCCCGCCCUCCUCGUCAGACUCUGGACCUGGCCCCAUACGCUUGACGGGUACGAAGAAAAAGGUUCGACGUCUGAGUUUGAUAGACCGUCCCGUCAUUGGACGCCAACCCCCGUAACU